CAGAGGGCCCCAGUGAAGAAUAAAGCUGGUUGGCACCGGAUGUGUUUUCUGCCUAAGUCCAUCUUCCGGCCUGGGCAGACGCUGCCGCGGAAUCCUCGACUCUAUAGUUUUUUGAGUCGAUUGUGAUCAUGGCUGCUGAGUCUGAUGUUCUGCAUUUCCAGUUUGAACAGCAAGGAGAUGUGGUCUUGCAGAAAAUGAAUCUUUUGAGACAGCAGAAUUUAUUUUGUGAUGUAUCAAUUUACAUUAAUGACACAGAGUUCCAGGGGCACAAGGUGAUUUUGGCUGCUUGCUCCACUUUUAUGAGAGAUCAGUUUUUACUCACACAGUCAAAACAUGUCAGAAUCACCAUCUUGCAGAGUGCAGAAGUUGGCAGAAAAUUGUUACUGUCUUGCUAUACUGGAGCACUUGAAGUUAAAAGGAAAGAGCUUUUGAAAUACUUGACUGCUGCCAGUUACCUUCAAAUGGUUCACAUUGUGGAAAAGUGCACAGAAGCUUUGUCAAAGUAUCUGGAAAUUGAUCUUUCUAUGAAAAACAACAACCAACACACUGACCUGUGUCAGUCUUCUGAUCCUGAUGUUAAGAAUGAAGAUGAAAAUUCUGAUAAAGACUGUGAGAUAAUUGAAAUUUCAGAAGAUAGUCCUGUGAACAUAGAUUUCCAUGUUAAAGAAGAGGAAAGCAAUGCUUUGCAGUCUACAGUAGAGAGUCUGACAUCAGAGAGAAAGGAAAUGAAGUCACCAGAGCUGUCUGCGGUAGACAUAGGUUUUAAAGACAAUGAAAUUUGUAUCCUUCACGUAGAAUCCAUCAGUACAGCUGGUGUUGAAAAUGGGCAGUUUUCACAGCCUUGUACCUCUUCAAAAGCAAGCAUGUAUUUCUCUGAAACACAGCAUUCAUUGAUCAAUUCUACAGUUGAGAGCAGAGUGGCUGAAGUUCCUGGGAAUCAAGACGCUGCCGCCGAGGAAAGUCUUGUGCUACUAGCCAUGGUCAACCCUACCGUGUUCUUCAACAUUGCCGUCGACGGCGAGCCCUUGGGCCGCGUCUCCUUCGAGCUGUUUGCAGACAAGGUUCCAAAGACAGCAGAAAAUUUUCGUGCUCUGAGCACUGGAGAGAAAGGAUUUGGUUAUAAGGGUUCCUGCUUUCACAGAAUUAUUCCAGGGUUUAUGUGUCAGGGUGGUGACUUCACACGCCAUAAUGGCACUGGUGGCAAGUCCAUCUAUGGGGAGAAAUUUGAAGAUGAGAACUUCAUCCUAAAGCAUACAGGUCCUGGCAUCUUGUCCAUGGCAAAUGCUGGACCCAACACAAAUGGUUCCCAGUUUUUCAUCUGCACUGCCAAGACUGAGUGGUUGGAUGGCAAGCAUGUGGUCUUUGGCAAAGUGAAAGAAGGCAUGAAUAUUGUGGAGGCCAUGGAGCGCUUUGGGUCCAGGAAUGGCAAGACCAGCAAGAAGAUCACCAUUGCUGACUGUGGACAACUCGAAUAAGUUUGACUUAUGUUUUAUCUUAACCACCAGACCAUUCCUUCUGUAGCUCAGGAGAGCACCCCUCCACCCCAUUUGCUCGCAGUAUCCUAGAAUCUUUGUGCUCUCGCUGCAGUUCCCUUUGGGUUCCAUGUUUUCCUUGUUCUCUUCCAUGCCUAGCUGGAUUGCAGAGUUAAGUUUAUGAUUAUGAAAUAAAAACUAAGUAACAAAAAAAAAAAAAAA